UCACACAGAGUGACCCCUUUGUUAGAAACCUCUCCUUUCACCGUAGAAAGAGCAGAAAGUGUUUGGGACCUUUUCGGGCGCCAAAUCCACUCAUUUUCCCUUCACCCCCCACCCCUUUUCCUCGUCGACUCGCUACCACAUCUCACGUCGGCGAUCCAAUGGCUACCAUUGCCAACGCCGCGCCUCUCUCCUUCCUCUCCUCCCUCGACAAGAUCCAUCCUGCUCCUCCCCCUGCCUACACCACAUUCCCAUCACCCCCAGACAGCGACGUCGAAUUUGAUAUCGAGUCUUUUACCCACUGUUCACCCGAAGCGCCAUCCAUCACCGCGUCGUCUUCGACCUCCAUCGAGACAUCUCCUAGAUCAUCUACCACUCUAGGCACGCCUCCAGCUUUCUCAUAUCCUUUCGGAGCAGGCAGUCUCGAGCUAGACGUCAACGAACCCUCCACCACAGACGCCAUCGCUCUCAGUAAUCACCACUUUCAACGCUACCUUCACUACAAGGCUCUCGCCGCUCAAGCCGAGGAACAAGCAGCCGCCGCCGCCUCGUUACAAAACGAACAGAUUGAAGCUUUCCUCGCAUCCAUUUCCAUGCCCGAGAAAGAAGACAUGUCUACCAACAUGAUGUCUUCCUACCAAGCGUUCGCCCCCUCUUUCCAACCCUAUUCCUUUUCAGCGCCUCAACCCGCUGCCACUGGCACCAUGCCUAUUGUCGCGCCUGCCGCUUCCGCCACGGCCGCAAUGGCUCACGCUCAAGCUCAGGCCCACAUGCAGGCUCAUGAUGCCGUGCUUGCUCGUGCUCAACAUCAACGAUCUCUCUCGAUGCAUUCCACUGCAUCUAUGCAAGCUCCCGCCAUGUGGUCCAGGACGUCGACCUCAACUCAAUCGACUACGUCGCCCACCUUUCCAACUACACCGAGCUUCUCUGCUCCCAUUCAAAUGGUUCCUGCCGCACCUAUGCCCAAUGUUGAGAUCAUCACCGCGGCGCCGCUCCAACCCAUUCCUGUUAAGGUUCAGCCCACGGUGGCCACCGCCUUAGCCAGUAGCGUCGAAGGGGAGAAUGAACUCGACUCGGAAGCAGAUACCGAUAUGGGCGACUCGGACGUCAAGCCAGCGCUCACCGGUCUUACCAACCUUCACGGCGGCGGUCGAGGCUAUGUACCUGGCAAGACUCCUGAUGACCCCAAGAAGAGACAUAAGUGCCAGAUCUGUGGGCGAGGCUUUGCACGCGCCUUCAACCUCAAAUCCCACGUUCAAACACAUAACCCCAUGAGAUCGAAACCCCAUCAAUGCCCCCACGCCUCUUGCAAGCGAGGUUUCUCUCGACUCCACGACCUCGAGCGUCAUCGCCAGGGUAUCCACUCUGACGGACCUCUGGUCGAUGCAAAGCGACACGGCGUCGCGCCUGCUGUUGCCCGUGCACAAGGUCGAAUCCAGUCCCGAGCGGAGAAUGGAAGUCUCGUCUAAGCCCCGGUCAUCCGCGGCACUCAAUAAACAAGGGGUCGCUUUGCGCUUCCCCCGAGACUUUUCCACCGCUAGUCUGGAUUCCGAUCCACGUCUAACAUCUCAACUUUCUCCUUUCCGACUCACCUCCCCCACCAUCCGAUCAUACCGAGUCUACAAUCCGACAUGAAUGAAAAACAACUCCAAAACGCAGCGCCGCCGCCUUCCCUGCGGCGCAGCUCAAAAUCCUGGAGGUUUUGUUUUCCAAAUCAGUUCUUUGUCCACGACAAAU